AAAUUUAAAAUUUAUUUUUGUCAUCUUAAUGAAAUUGAAAUCAUUUACUUUUUUUUUUAAAGAAUUUUUGUAAUAAAACUAUACAAUAUAUCCACGAGAAGAUGGUUGAAGCUCAUAGUAUUAAUGCUGAACAUAAAGACUUGAUACAUGAUGUUGCAUUCGAUUAUUAUGGUGAACGAAUGGCUACUUGCUCUACUGAUCAAUUUGUUAAGGUAUGGGAUCAAGAUGAGCAAGGUAAUUGGAACUUAACAGCUAGUUGGAAAGCCCAUAGUGGCUCUGUGUGGAAGGUAACAUGGGCUCAUCCAGAAUUCGGUCAAGUUCUAGCAACUUGUUCUUUUGAUAGAACUGCAGCUAUAUGGGAAGAAAUAAUUGGUGAAAGCAAUGAGGGAGGUACACUUUUGAGACAUUGGGUACGGCGUGCUAAUUUAGUUGAUUCACGUACAUCUGUUACUGAUGUUAAAUUUGGUCCUAAAUCUUUUGGAUUAAUAUUAGCCACAUGUUCAGCUGAUGGUGUGAUGCGAAUUUAUGAAGCACCUGAUGCAAUGAAUCUUGCACAAUGGCCUUUACAACAUGAAGUUUCUCUUAAAAUUCCUAGUAGUUGCCUAACUUGGAAUCCUCUACUCUCAAGUUUUAAAAUGCCAAAUGCUAUGAUUGCUGUUGGUAGUGAUGAAAAUUCUAAUACAACAAAUAGUAAGGUAUUUAUAUGCGAGUAUAAUGAAGUUUCUCGUCGUUGGUCCAAAACAGAGUCUGUGUCUAGUGUUACUCAUCCAGUCCAUGAUAUGAUAUUUGCUCCAAAUUUAGGACGCUCAUAUCAUCUACUAGCAAUAGCCACAAAUAAUGUUCGCAUUUUAAAACUAAAACCUAUUGCAGAUUCCACUAGUGGAUUUUCUUAUUCUAUUCAAACUUCUAUGCAAUGUGAUGACCAUUAUUGUACUGUAUGGAGAGUUGCUUGGAAUAUAACUGGUACUGUAUUAGCAUCAUCAGGAGAUGAUGGAUGUGUAAGGCUAUGGAAAUCUACAGUUGGAGAUUGGAAAUGUGUGGGUGUACUAAAACGUGAUGGGAAACUACCACAGUUACAAUUAAAUACCUCUAAGACAACAACUCAAAAUAACUUGACCAGAUUUUUCAAAUUAGGACAAAUAACUCAUCCCAGCGAAGUUCAUUGGCAUUAAAUUUCUUACUAUACUAAUAUUUAAAUUUAUUGUAAAUAAUUUUGUUUUUAGUUUUUCACUUUUUUUUUUUUUU